AUGCCAGACUUAUUUGAUAAUAUAUUUAACAGAAUAGGAGCAAAGCUUAAUGGUGGUAAGACGACCCACCACUAUCAAGGGUCGUCGCAGGUGAAUACUGGUAGAUUCUACAGUUUCCACGAGAAUGGUACCAACAACAAGUAUUGGAUGCCUACCUCGAAGAGUUUUGAUAACGCAAUGGAAAAUAUCGAUAACACUAAUAAGGAGAGAAAGAAUAGUGAUGCUUCAGUGGAAUCAGAAGGCAUGAUGCCUAGAUCCAGAAUGAAUAGUACUGCAUCAGACAUGCUGGAAAACCUGGACACCUAA